AUGCCAAAAACUAGGAAAAGGCAUUAUUCUCAUUCAAGAAGUAAAUCUAGAUCACAUUCUCGCAGUAACAGUAAACGUAAGAAAGUCAAUGAUAAUGAAAAAGAUCAUGAGGGUAAUAAAAAAGCUGAAGUAGUUGAUAGCCCCAAUCAUAAAAGAUCUGUAAGUAGUCAGAGAGCUCAGAGAUCUAGACAGUAUGAGAGAGGAUCAAGUGCUGAACGUAGAUAUAAAAGAAGUAAUAGAAGAUCUCCAACAUCUAAGAAACAUCGGAAUCAAGAAAAAAACACUACAAAAAAGAAACAUACUAGAAGGUCUCUUUCACAGGAAAAACACACCCCCAAAGCCCCAUCUGUCCAAGAUGAUGAUGAAGGCCAUCUUAUAUAUAAAGUAGGCAAUAUUUUGCAUGACAGAUAUAAAAUAAUUGGUACACUUGGAGAAGGGACUUUUGGUAAAGUGGUUCAAGUUAAAGAUUCACAAUUGGACCAGAAUGUGGCUCUUAAAAUAAUUAAAAAUGUUGAAAAAUACAGGGAAGCUGCCAAACUUGAAAUAAAUGUUCUAGAAAAACUAGCUGAUAAGGACCCUGAGUGUGUGCAUCUUUGUGUGAAGAUGUUAGACUGGUUUGAUUACCAUGGCCAUAUGUGCAUUGCCUUUGAAAUGUUGGGCUUGAGUGUUUUCGAUUUUCUGAAAGACAACAGCUAUCAACCAUAUCCAUUAAAUCAGGUUAGGCAUAUAGGUUAUCAACUUUGUUAUUCAGUCAAGUUCCUACAUGAUAAUAAACUAACCCAUACUGAUCUAAAACCAGAGAACAUACUAUUUGUUGAUUCCAGCUAUGAUGUAUCUUACAAUAACAAAAAGAAAAAAGAUGUAAAGAAAGUUAAAAAAACAAAUGUAAGACUGAUUGAUUUUGGCAGUGCAACAUUUGAUCAUGAACAUCACAGCACUAUAGUCUCUACAAGGCAUUAUAGAGCACCUGAAGUUAUACUGGAAUUAGGCUGGUCUCAGCCUUGUGAUGUGUGGUCUAUAGGAUGUAUUUUAUUCGAGUUGUACUUGGGAAUAACUCUUUUCCAAACACAUGACAACAAAGAACAUUUGGCCAUGAUGCAGAGAAUUCUUGGUGAAAUUCCAGAGCGUAUGGCAAAAAAAUCUAAGACCAGAUAUUUCCACAAAGGUAAACUGAAGUGGGAUGAAAAGAGUUCAGCUGGAAGAUAUGUAAAGGACAACUGUAAACCACUGAUGAGGUACAAGCAAUGUGAUGAAUUGGACCAUAAUCAAUUAUUUGACUUGAUACUAAAGAUGUUGAAGUAUGAACCAUUGACAAGGAUAACUUUGAAGGAGGCUUUAAGGCAUUCUUUCUUUGAUAAAAUUUCGAAAAAUCAGCGUUUAGGUGAUCAUGGGAGUGGGGAUAAAAGAGAGAGAAGCAUGUCCAUAUAA